GUUUACGAAUCUCCCUGUGGAAAAGAGCACUUCCUUUUCAAACACGUUGUUGUGAUAUUAGACGUGAUACAGGUUAUAAACUUCUACUGUACUAGAUUAAGUACAAAGACUACCACUGAAAAUGGAGGACAUUGUAAAAGAUGCCCGUUUUUCCCAUAUACCUACAGACCCGAGAUUCCGGAGGAUGGGUAAACGUGACAGAAAAGUAAAGAUUGAUAAAAGGUUUCAGAGCAUGUUCAAUGAUAAACGGUUCAAGCUGAAGUAUACAGUGGACAAAAGAGGCCGCCCUAUAAAUCUCACUUCUAAUGAUCAUUUAAGACAGUUUUAUGAGCUUGACACAUCUGAAUCUGAAGACGAUGGCAGUGGUGAUCAAGAAAGGAGUGAAAAAAAAAGUAAAAAGUCUGCAAAGGGAAAAGUAAAUAAGGCAAAAACAGAGUCAAUGAAAAAAUACAAUGACAAGAGAAAAGGAAAGUCAGAUAUAGAGAUGAAGAAAUCAUCUUUGAAGGAAUUCUCAAAUAAAGAUAUCAAAUUUGACAAAAUUGAUAGCAAGGGAAAUAAAUCCAAAUCCAAAGCUGGUAUGGUUUCUGUAAACAAAGAAAAAAAUAAAAGUAAGAAAUCAGUUUGCAGUACUGACAAGGAAAGAAUGUCUUUAAGAAAUGUAAAGAAAAGAGCACCAUAUGACCCUGGAAAUAUGAAGGAUAGCAGCAAAGAAAGUGAAGAGAGAUCAUCAGACAAGGAGGGCCAGGAAGACCAAGAGGACAGUGAUGAUGAUGACGAUGAUGAUGAGAAUGAAGAAGAGAAAGAGGGUGAAGAUGUGGAAGAUGAGGAUGAUGAUGAGGAGGAGGAAGAUUUAGAGACAGAAGAUGAAGAAACAGAUAAUAGGAAAACACAAGCUUUUGGUCCUGAUCUAGCUAGGGGGGAGGGGGGCGUUGAAAGUUCAAGUGAUGAGGAUUCAGGUCUUGAGGAAGAAGAAGAUGAAGAUGAAGCAGAUGACAUGUGGGAUGACCUUGACACCAAUGCACCUCAGGCAGAUGAGGCAACCAAUAGGCUUGCCAUGUGCAAUAUGGACUGGGACAGGAUCAAGGCUCAAGAUUUGUUUGUAUUGCUCAACUCCUUCAAGCCAACUGCAGGGGUGAUAAAGUCGGUCACUAUUUACCCAUCAGAAUAUGGAGCUGAAAGAAUGAAAGAAGAAGGGAUGAAAGGCCCAACAGAGCUGGUGGAGAAAACAAAGAGUCUUGGGGAAGAUGGUGAAGAAGAUGAAGAGGAGGAAAAAGGAGAUGAAGAAAGCCCAGAGUUCCGUGAAAAACUGAGAAAGUACCAGCUGAACAGACUCAAAUAUUUCUAUGCUAUUGUCGAGUGUGACUCUGUGGAAACAGCUAACGCCCUCUAUGAACAGUUAGAUGGAUGGGAAUAUGAAAGCAGUGCCACAAAGUUAGACCUCAGGUUUGUACCUGAUGGGAUGACAUUUGACCAGAAGCCUAAGAGUGUAGCCACAGACAUGCCAGAUGCCACAGUCUACAAACCCAACCUGUUUGUUACUACUGCCCUCAACCAGACCAAGGUGGAUUGCACCUGGGAUGAGACAGACAGAGACAGGACAGCUCUCACCAUGAGAGACUUCAGCAAGGAGGAGCUACAGGAGAUGGACGUCAAGGCAUACCUGGCCUCCAGUUCUGAUGAUGAGGAUGGUGCAAAUCCAUAUGGAGACCUGAUUGAAAAACCUGAUUUUGCCAUCAGUGAUGGAGAGGGUUCAGAAGAAGACGAGGACAAAGCUCUGGAGAAAUAUAAAGCUUUGCUGAAGACAGUGGAGGAAAAAGAUGAAAAGAAAGAGGAGAAGGAUAUGGAAAUGGAGAUAACAUGGGAACCAGGCCUGAAAGAAACCACUGAGGAUAUGUUAAAGAAAAAGGAAGAAGACAAGGGCAGUCUGACACCUUGGGAACAAUAUCUAAAGAAGAAAAAAGAAAAGAAGAAAGUGAAAAAACAAGAAAAGCAGUCAAAGACAAUAGAUGAGGCUGGGUCAAGUGAUGAUGACAUUCCUGCUGGCGUGGACAUGAAUGACCCCUAUUUCAAAGAAGGACUGGAAGAAAUUGAAGGUAAAUCAGUGAAGAAGAAAAAGAAGCAGAGACAGUUUGAAGAAGAUGAAGAGACAGCAAAUCAGAAGGCUGAGAUGUCCCUACUGCUGAUGGAUGAAGAUGACAAAAAACAACACUUCAGCCUGAAAGGCAUCAUGGAACAGGAGAAAAAGAAGAAGAAAAAGAAAAAAUUGAGGAAGAAAAAGGAUGAACAGCAUGUAGAGGACACUUUUAAGAUGAAUGUAAAUGACCCCCGCUUCAAUGCUGUCUUUACCUCCCAUUUGUACAACAUUGAUCCGUCUGCAUCAGAGUUCAAGAAGACAAAGGCAAUGCAGGAGUUGGUGGAGGCCAAGGUGAAGAAAAGGAGUGAAAAGGAAAAAGGAGAAAAACCUAGUUUAAAGAAUGAUGAAGAACCACCCAGAAAAAGUCAGAAGAUUACCUUGGACACUGUUGCUAAGGAAACCAAUACCAAAACAGACAAAGAUGCAUCCUUGUCCUUGCUUGUGAAAUCAGUGAAAGCAAAGACCAUGCAAUAUCAUCAGAAAAAAUCAAAGUAAUUUAAGAAAUGAUUGAGCAAAUGAAAAAUACACAAUCAGUGCAAACUUAUCAGUUUUUGUUGUACUUUUUUUUUUCAAUUGGAUGACCACAUUUUCAUAAUUAAACAUAUUGUUUGAAACAAGUGUACAAAGGGGCUUCAUGGUUAAUAUGGAGCCCAUAUAUACUGUAUAUUUAUUCAAUCAUACAAGUAUGUGAGUAUCAAAAUAUUUUGUAAAUUGGAGUUGUAUUUUAUGUGCAUUUGUGAUAUCUGCAUAUGAAAGCACACUACCUUAGAAUUAACCAGGUAUUGAAUCUGGAAACAUUUCUCCUAUGUGUGCCUUAAUUAACUAUUUUGGCUCUGAUUAAAUCGGGUGCAUCCUUGCACAUACACUGAUUUCAAACUGGCCAUCUAGCAGGUGCUCAUCAGUAUACUGGCUAGCUUGCUUUAUCUGGUAAAUGUCUGGUAAUUAAUUAUAGGCUGGUGGUCUCGUUUGGACUAUUUACCAAGUCAAUAGGUUUUCAAAAGCCAUUCAUAGCAUUUGGGCAUAAAAAAAAAAUAAAUACAGUGCUACAUGUACGACAUGUAUUACAAAUAGUGCUGGUUGUGGAAGGUUUAGUCAAAAGUAACAAAACUAGUGUGUGAUGCAGCCUUUUAUUUUACUUUUUAUGCAAAAUAGAUGUAAAAGGAGGUACUUGCACAACAGUUUUAUUGUACAAAAUGUACUUUCAUGCCCAUUAGGAGUGGGGUUGGUCAAGCCCACCCUAUGUGUAGAGGGUCUCUUUAGAAAGGAUCUCUAUAUAAAGUAGGGGCCACCACAAUGUACGUCUGCUAUUAUCAUAAUUAAUACAACUUUGAAUAUCUGAAGAACAUUUUACAUUUUAUCUUUCUUAAAUCUAUGAAAUAAGAUUAGAAAUAAAAUAUACUAUCUGUAUUUAGAUUCCAUUUCUCAUCCAUAUUUUCUGUUUUUGAUAGCAUGCAUUAUCUGAAAUGAAUUUUCUUUUUCUGCUUGCCACCGAAAAUAUUUUACUAAUUCCAA